AAGAGAUUUUCAGAAGGUUAUUACAACAACCAUGCACAUGUCUGAUAGUGAAACUCGUUCCGAAACUUCAUCGGUUACUUCUCGGAAUUUUCCUCCUAGUGCACAAUGCGAAAGUUCCGAUUCCAACCACCUUAGAGAACAACCACUUAAGCUAAACGAUGAAGACAACGAAGAGAUUAGUAGCGAAUCAAGCCUGUCUUCCUGGUUCAAACCGAUUUCAGACAAACUAAUAAUUAUAUUAUAAUAAAAAAAAUAAUGUUAUAUUAAUGCUACAACAGUCCCCUUAAAACCUAUAGUUUUUUUAGUUGUAAGUGAAAAAACCAACAAAUAUGAAAUUGCCCUCAUUAGGUUGUAAAUAUUCAAUCCAUGGUGAAUUUUGUAAAUGAUUUAAUGUGUUUCAACUUUCAAGGGUGUAAAAAGCUAUUAUUAUUUUUAAGGGUGCAAAAUGACAAAAUAAUAUAUUUCAAGGGUGCAAAAGUGAAACUAAGUCCAACUGAGAGAGAGUUUCGUCAAAACCAAAAGCCCGCUUUCCGAGCAUGAAAAAUCAAACAGUUCAUCAGGUGAAUAAAAACAAAUCCAAAAGCUUCCUCUCUUCCUCCGCCACUCCGAUCUCACCCCUCUCUCAUUGUGUGUAUAUAUCUGUAUCUAUAUGUAUAUGUAUAUCAAUUACAAAUCCAAACAAAAAUUGCAAUUGCUUACGAUUUUGAAAACUCUUGCCCUGAAAUUUUAAUAUUCAGAAUUGAUGGAAGCUCUUACGCCGGCGGCGAUCAGACCGCCGCUGAUUCCCCCAAUUAGGGCGCGUAUCUCCGUCCACGCGCUUGUUUCCUUCGGUUCCGUUCAGAUUCCGAACCGGAGGAAGAUUGAGGUGAAAGCGAAAUCGGAGAAGAGGAGCGCCUCCGCCGCGGCGGCGAGCGUUGACUACACCGAUCCCGAUUGGAAGUCAAAUUACCAGAAGGAUUUCGAGGCGCGCUUCAGAAUCCCCCAUUUGACCGACGCGCUGCACGACGCCGUUCCGUACCCUUCCACUUUCUGCCUCAGAAUGAGGACGCCGGUGAGUCCAGAUUUUGCAGAAGGUUAUCCAUCAGAUGGGGAAUGGCAUGGAUACGUUAACACCAACGAUCGAGUACUGCUCAAGGUGAUCCGUUAUUCCUCCCCUGCAUCUGCAGGUGCCGAGUGUAUUGAUCCCGGCUGUACAUGGGUAGAGCAAUGGGUGCAUCGUGCUGGGCCCCGAGAAAAGAUAUACUUCAAACCAGAAGAGGUAAAAGCAGCAAUUGUUACAUGUGGAGGCCUUUGUCCUGGUCUGAAUGAUGUCAUACGACAGAUAGUCAUCACCCUUGAGAUAUAUGGUGUUAAAAAGAUUGUCGGAAUCCCGUUUGGUUAUCGUGGGUUUACCGACAGCAGUUUAUCUGAAAUGCCAUUAUCGAGGAAAGUUGUUCAAAAUAUCCAUCUCUCUGGAGGAAGUUUGCUAGGAGUCUCGCGUGGAGGACCUACAGUUAUUCAAAUUGUCGACAGUAUGGUGGAGAGAGGGAUCAAUAUGCUCUUUGUGCUUGGAGGAAACGGUACACAUGCUGGUGCCAAUGCCAUACAUGAAGAGUGCCGCAAAAGGCAAUUAAAGGUAGCUGUGGUCGGUGUGCCAAAAACCAUAGACAACGAUAUUCUGCUUAUGGAUAAAACGUUUGGUUUCGAUACUGCUGUUGAAGAAGCACAAAGAGCAAUUUAUUCUGCAUAUAUUGAGGCUCACAGUGCUUAUCGUGGUAUUGGUAUAGUAAAAUUGAUGGGGCGUAGCAGUGGUUUUAUAGCUAUGCAGGCAUCCCUUGCUAGUGGACAAAUUGAUAUAUGCUUGAUUCCAGAGGUACCGUUUAAUAUUCAUGGGCCGAAUGGAGUCCUAAAUCACCUAAAAUACUUACUCGAGACAAAGGGAUCUGCUGUCGUCUGCGUUGCAGAGGGAGCUGGGCAGGAUCUCCUUCAGAAAACGAAUGCCACAGAUGCAUCAGGAAACAUUAUACUAGGAGAUAUCGGCGUCCAUAUACAGCAAGAGACGAAAAAGUUUUUUAAGGAGAUUGGAUUUACAGCAGAUGUGAAGUACAUCGAUCCUACGUACAUGAUCCGUGCAUGCCGCGCAAAUGCAUCCGAUGGAAUUCUCUGCACUGUUCUUGGUCAAAACGCCGUUCACGGUGCAUUUGCUGGACACAGCGGAAUAACAGUCGGAAUAUGCAAUACACAUUACGUAUAUUUCCCGAUUCCUCAAGUCAUUGCCGAGCCCAAGGUUGUCGACCCCAACAGCCGAAUGUGGCAUCGUUGCUUAACCUCAACUGGCCAACCAGACUUCAUCUAAUUUAACUAACAAAUAAAUAAGGUUAAUUAACUUAUUCUUUGAUUUCUUCCUAUAUUAUUGAACUGUACAGGUCCAUAAUAAAUUUUGCAAGAUAGAUUUUUCUACUUUUUUUUUUUGUUUUUCAUGAGGAAUUAAUUACGUUUUUUUUUACCUUCUAGCCAGUUUUUUGUCUCUUAUUUUUCUGAAUCUUUUAUCAAUUUUGAAAAAAAAAAAUUACAAUUUUAAAAUUAUCAAUUUGUUAAAAGAAUUACAAUUUUAAAAAUUAAUCGCUACUUACCAACAUGGAAAUCUUAUACAAUAUCUUUUUUCUUUUUAUAUUUAAAGAAAUUAAUUCCACCUGUGA